AUGUCCACACUGGAGAGUGGAACCAGCAAUGUGCCCAGUGCUCAUGCCCCAACAAGUGUCCAUGUCAUCCAGCCCCGGUAUCCGGUGACUUCAGAAAGCCACAAGCAACCUUCAGGGUUCACCACUUACCCACCCUCCAUGACAGUGGUCCAGUGUGAUACAGGAAGAACAAACUUAGCGCAGCCAUUCCUAGUGUACCAGAAUGCAGCGGGGGUGACCGGUGCACAGGGCCAGCUCACUGUGCUCCAGCCUCCAGCAGGAGGGCCUGGUUUGCAGACUUCGCCUGGAGURACCCAGUACCCACUGGGAACAGCCCGUGUCCAGACCCUGCCUGGAGACCCUGAGAAUCCUGCCAUCGCCAUCCCCGGGCUGACCCCCACCUCAGGCCAGUCCCCGUCGAACAUGGCAUGGAACAUGUCAUUUGCAUCAUUUCCUGCAUUUGAUCCCAAGAAAUUCAUCAAUGAUGAGGUCAGAACAUUAGGGGCCAUCCAGAUCAUCAUUGGCCUGAUGCACAUUUUCUCUGGGAUCAUCCCUCUGCUGUAUUCCAAGCUUUCUGUGACUGGAAUAUCAGGGUAUCUGUUCUGGGGAGGAUUAUCCUACAUUGCCUCUGGAUCCCUGUCUGUAUUGGCUGAGAAGGACCCCAGCCCAUGUGUGGUGAACGGCAGCAUCGCCAUGAACGUGGUCAGUGCGGUCUUCUCCCUGACGGGCAUCUCCAUUUUCAUUAUAGAUAUGUCCGUUCAAAGUGAGGUGAGCAAUGCACCUGUUAACAUAAAGGCCUAUGUGGGUAGUCUCCUGCCCUUUGUCCUCUUGGAGUUCUUCCUCACAUGUGUGGUCUCGCAUUUUGGGUGCCAGGCUGUCUGCUGGAGACGCUUUGAGAACAUGACAAUAGGUUCAAGCAUAUUCAGCUUCAACACAGCCAACAUGACCGCCAGCCACAUCCACACUACUGACAUCCCUGUCAACGCAGCCACCAGCCCUGCCAACCCUAUUACCAGCCCUGCCAACCCUAUCACCAGCCCUGCCAACCCUACCACCAGCCCUGCCAACCCUACCACCGGUCCUGCCAAACCUAGCUGCCCUGACAACGUUCCUCCUGAACCCAUGUACCAAGAUGUACCUGAUUAUGGCCGGAGAUAG